GUGGUCAAAGGUUUGCGGGUAUUACGUCAGUGCUGGAGACGACCCAGUGGCUGAACAAGGCCCUGAUUGGGCUGAGACUGGGCGGGCGCUUUGCCUGGAUUGGGCCGGAAUGGCGACCCGGCUGCGUCGUGGCAGCAACGAG